CCCAUCCCCGUGCCCAGGCGCGGCGGGGCGGCGGCCGACGGGCGUCCUCCCCCGGCUUCUGCCCUCGCUGCUGGCCGCCAGCGGCACCUCCGAGCGCCCCGCUGCUCCCCGCUCCGGCCCCGGCUUUGUGUGCGCGGCACCAGCCGCACCUGGGGCGGGCGCGGCGGCGGUGCCGGGGGUGGCGGUGCCGGGGGUGGCUGUGCCGGGGGUGGCUGUGCCGGGGGUGGCUGUGCCGGCGGUGCCGGCGCGGCCCCGCACGAUGCCGCUCCGCGGGCUCCUGCCCCUUUGUCUGCUCUGCCUCCAGGCUGCGCUACCGCUCCGCGGCCACCGCGGCCGCUACGCCGGUGAUAAAGUCAUACGAGUUGUUCCUGAGAGCGAAAGGGAAACACAGAUCCUGAAGGCUGCAUUCAACAGGCUUAAGGUGGACUUGUGGCAGCCCAGCAGCCCCUUCCACAUCGUCGAAGGUGCAGUCACUGACGUGCGAGUACCGCAGAACACGACGCGGAGCCUGCUGCCCUUCCUCCAGCAAGCAAACGUCCAGUACACGAUUCUCAUAUCAGACCUACAGCAAGCAAUAGAAAAUCAAACUGGAGGGAGGCCCCAUAGGAAUCGAAGGUCCCUCUCUGGGUAUAACUAUGAAGUGUACCACUCCCUGGAAGAGAUCGAGGACUGGAUGCAUUAUCUGAAUAGAACUUAUUCAGAUCUUGUUCAUAUGUUUUCUGUUGGAAAAUCCUAUGAAGGGAGACCACUGUAUGUACUUAAGUUAGGUAAAAGAUCACGGCCCUACAAGAAAGCUGUCUGGAUAGACUGUGGGAUUCAUGCAAGAGAGUGGAUUGGCCCAGCCUUUUGCCAGUGGUUUGUGAAAGAAGCUCUUCAGACAUACCAGACUGAUCCUGACAUGAGAAAGAUGCUAACUCAGCUGUAUUUCUAUAUCAUGCCUGUAUUUAAUGUGGAUGGAUAUCAUUUCAGCUGGACAAAUGAUCGAUUUUGGAGAAAAACAAGAUCAAAGAACAUGAGGUUUCACUGUCAUGGUGUUGAUGCUAAUCGCAACUGGAAAGUGAAAUGGUGUGAUGAAGGUGCUUCACUACACCCAUGUGACGACACUUACUGUGGUCCUUUUCCCGAAUCUGAGCCUGAAGUAAAGGCUGUUGCUCACUUUCUUCGCAAACACAGGAAACAAAUAAAAGCCUAUUUGUCCUUCCAUGCAUAUGCACAGAUGCUGCUGUACCCUUAUUCCUACAAAUAUGCAACCAUUCCAAACUUCAACUGUGUGGAAUCAGCAGCCUAUAAUGCUGUUAAUGCUCUUCAGUCAGCCUAUGGUGUAAGAUACAGAUAUGGCCCUGCAUCCAGCACUUUGUAUGUGAGUUCUGGCAGCUCUAUGGACUGGGCCUACAAAAAUGGCAUCCCGUAUGCAUUUGCAUUCGAGCUGCGUGACACUGGCCAUUUUGGAUUUUUGCUUCCUGAAAUGCUGAUCAAACCAACCUGCACAGAGACCAUGCUUGCAGUUAAAAAUAUAACUCUUCACUUGCUGAAGAAAUGCCAUUGAGAUGGAUUUCUAGGAGCUGGAAGGAAACAUUUUACUCCUAGUGCUGAUGCCUUUCAGUGUGUUCAGUUGCCAUUCUAAGUUUGGCCACUUCAGAAUUCUAGAAGCUAAUGGGAAAUGUGAUAUUGUUUCUGCCAAAUUAACUUAGUGGAAAAUGAAAAAAAAAAAUCAUUCAAUAUCUGCUCUUCUAAAGUCCAUAAAGUUGAUGUACUAACUUAGUCACCAGUUUGGUGCAGAAUAGUUUCUUCUUUUUGCAAUAAAACUUUAAUUCAGUGAUUUCAAUGAGGCUGGUCCUAAAAUAAAGUGCCACUUUCAGGCAGCUCUGGGCCUUAUGCCUUUCCCUAAUAUGAAGACCUUCCAGGGAUCUCUCAAACCAAGGGAUAAAGUUUACAUUCAUGUAAAUAUACCCUGUGACCCAACACAGGACUGUAUCUACAGCAAUAAAUGCCUUAUAGUGGUAGCUGGCUGCACUGCAAGUAGCAGUGUGGCUUCCUUCUGCAUGUAUUCAUACAUACAUACAUACAUAUAUGCACUUUUGUGAUUUUUUUUUUUAAUUCAUAUUAUGCAGUAAUUUGAACCAAGCUUUCUUUUAACUGUUCAGAGAAAUCUACUUUCAAAUGUAUAUAAUUGGAGUGGACUCAAAGUCAACAUAUUGUCUUUGAGAAUGCAACUUUCUUAGUGAUGUGUAAGAAUUAUAAUGAAAUACUAUUGAGAUAGACAAUGUUCUGCUUUAUGGAGAAACAAAGCAACUUGCCAUGACUUGGAACUUGAAGAUGGCAGUGCAUCUGGGCUCUACUGUAGACAGUGGCUGCCCGUUUCCACAAGCCAAGGAUUUAGCCUUAAACUGUAAUUAACUGAUGUUUUAUUUAUCGAUAUUCUUGCAGUGAGUUCUGUGGCUCUUUGGCUACGUGACUCUUCUUCCUGGAAGCUGUAUUGCUUUGCAUGUUUUAAAGGAAUUAAUACAUUUUUAAUGGAUUCUUAAGUGAGACAGAGGUGAAGGUAGAAGCCUUACAGCUGAAAUAAAGUGAAUAAGCACCAUGUUUGAAAGAAUAAUGAAAGCACAGAGAAGAUAACAUAUUGAGGGAUUUUAAAAUACUAAUUUUUUAAUCUGAUUAUAUCUGCAGAAGCAUAUAAUUUACUUAAUGAUUUAUGAAUUUAAUCUUAUGCCACUACAUAUUAACUAAAACAUAUUUUUUAAUAAAAUGGUCAAAGACUUUUGAAGUAUUCUUCAUAUUUUACUUAAGUCUGAAAACUUUAGUUCAAGUACAUAACAAUUUUACCUAUCUGUAAAACAUUUGUGACACUAAGGAUGGGGAAUUUAAAUAAAAAACCUAAGUCCUCUCUAAAUAAGCACUUGAACUUAGCAAAUAGGCAAUCUUUAUAAGUAUUAUAAGGGAAGUACUGUAUUUAAUAAAGAAUAUCAUUGUUUUCAGGACUGCAAAAGGCAAUCAGUGAACAAAGAUGACAGAAUUGCAUUCUAUUUGUCUAACAUUUUGUUAAUAAAUGUGUUUAUUUUACACAA